GCAAAAUGUCAAGAAAUUUUGAAGAGGCAGUUCAAAUGACCAAAGGUAGAGAGAAAGAGAUUAUAAAGAAAGAUAGCAAGGGAAAGAAGGUAAAGCAGAGUCAGGAUAAGCCAAGUAAUGAUUCUUCAAAUUCAGGCCCAGACCAAGGGGAUUGCGGAAGCAAAAGUUCACUGAAUACUCUAAAUAUUGAUGAUGAGGUGAUCAAUGAUGCAGCUCUACUGUGAAAAGUGUCGUUUGUUUCCAAUGAUAUCUGGCAGGAUGAGAAUGCUGGCUCAAGCAGUGCUUCUGAAAGAAAUAGCAUGUCCUCUCUUUCCAAGAUGGAGAGACUUAAGCCCGAUUAUAACAAAGAUAGUAAGCUAAAGAAAGGAAAGCAUUUUGAACAUAAUACACCUAAUAAGAAAUCUGCAUUAGAGUUGAAGCAGUAUGCGCAAAAAUUAUCUCCGAACAAAGCAAUCUUGCAAGCUAGUCCCAGAUCUUUCACUAACGAUCCUCAGAAUUAUGAGGAGAGCAUAGAAUGUAGGCAAAGCCCGAUGAGUGACAAUAAGAGCAUCAAAAAUAUGGAAAUGGUGUAUCAUGAACAAAAUAACUUCAUAAUGCGACUUCAAGAUGAAUUGGCUAAAGAGAUAAGUCUUCGUAAGAAAUUCGAAAACAAGGCAAAGAUUUUCAAUUUUCCCGACCCUGCAACUCUUGAAGCAGGUAGCGACCAGUACAUUUUGGCUAAAAUGGCCAAAGAUCUAGAGCUAAAGUCUGAAGAAUGUGAGGUGAUUGUGGCUGAAAAAUCACAAGAAAUCCAUGAACUCAAGGUAUCGCUUGACUCUCAGCAAGCUAUAAUAUGCGACCAGAGGAAUAUAAUUUCUGAGAAUGAGAAAGAAAUAGCCAGCCUCUCUAAGAAAGUAGAGAAGCUUACAAAGAGCAAUAUUGAGCAUGAAGAAAUAACUUCGGGGUAUUUGACUGAAAUCUCUCAGCUAAAAAUGAAGCUUCAAGCUUGUGAGGAGGUUAACAGCAAGAUAAAGCAUUCCAAGAAUAGCAAGGAAAUCAUCACCAAUCUGGAGAAGAUUAUCCAAGAGAAAAAUGACGAGAUAGAGAAUAUCCUGAACGGCUGUAAAGCUCAACAGAUGAGCUUCCAGAAAAGCCUUGAUCAACAACUUGACGAAAUUGAUGCUAAGAACCGUAUCAUAGAGGACCUCCAGCAGACGAAUAAGAAUAUCGAGGAAAGAGUUGCAAGGCUCAAGCAAGCAGUUAGUGGGAUGCACAUCAACCACGAUGACGAUGAGAUCGAUAAAAGGCUUAGCAUUGAGAUUUCCCUCAGAAAAGCACUUACCGCUGCUAGGCAGGAGAAUAAAAUCCUUGAGGAUAACCUAAUCGAUGCCAAACUUCAAUGGGCUAGUUGAGAGCACCAAGCAGCGAGGAUGAAAAUGGACAUGGUCGAUAUGAGCGAGGAAAUUCAGUACUUAAGAAGUAAGCACGUCUAAAUUACCAUU